AACAAACUGAAUUUCUUUUUAAAUUUUGAAAAAGACAAUUUUCUUUUUGUUUCGAAAUAUUGUUCACGUUGAUAACAUUUGAUGCUGUUUGCAUUUGUAUCGCGCGAAACAAUAAAUAUAUACGACCCUGGAACUUACAACGGUCUAUUCAGCGCCAAAAACACAUUGUGCGUCAGUUUUGUGAACUAUGCAGCAGAUAUAAAUUUUGCUUGUCACUUUUCGCAACUAAACAACAACCAAAAAUACCGAAUCAAAUCAUAGACAUUUUUGCUGCUGUUUCGAUCAUACGUUUUUGUUUCAUUUCGAUCACCGAAAUUAAAAUCUGUACAAAGAAACGACCGAUAGACAGCAUGGCCGGAACAUCAUCAGACGCUGAAACUGCUCGGAAAACCUGGGAAAUCGAAAAUGAAAUCGAAACAAUUCCAGCCAGUGAUGAAAUAUUCCGAUAUGAUUCACAAGAACAGCAACAGUUUUUGGCUGCCCGUCCAUGGGAAAAAGAUCCGCAUUAUUUCAAAGAUAUUCAAAUCUCCGCAUUGGCAUUGCUGAAAAUGGUGAUGCAUGCCCGGUCAGGUGGUUCACUCGAAAUUAUGGGUCUUUUGUUAGGAAAAGUCGUUGAAAAUACCAUGAUUGUUAUGGAUGCGUUUGCACUGCCAGUUGAAGGAACAGAAACGCGUGUCAAUGCACAAUCACAAGCAUAUGAAUACAUGACGGCUUACAUUGAGUCGGCAUCGGAAGUUGGUCGUUUAGAAAAUGCAAUCGGUUGGUAUCACAGUCAUCCCGGCUACGGUUGCUGGUUGUCUGGCAUUGAUGUGUCAACACAAAUGCUCAAUCAGAAUUUCCAAGAGCCAUUUGUGGCCAUUGUUGUUGAUCCGGUGCGAACGGUAUCGGCCGGUAAGGUGUGUUUGGGUGCAUUCCGAACAUAUCCAAAGGGUUACAAGCCACCAAAUGAAGAACCAUCCGAAUAUCAAACGAUCCCACUGAAUAAAAUCGAAGAUUUUGGUGUUCAUUGCAAACAAUAUUAUGCGUUGGAAGUGAGCUACUUCAAAUCGGCCUUAGAUCGAAAGCUGUUGGAUUCACUGUGGAAUAAGUACUGGGUUAAUACGCUUGGUAGUUCGGGUUUACUGAGCAACACCGAAUAUACAACGGGCCAAAUUUUCGAUUUAUCCGAAAAACUGGAACAAAGCGAAGCCAGUUUGGGACGAGGUCCAUUUGUUGUUUCAAGUGGUGAUCCAAACGAAAAACGCACCGAAGACAAACUUACAAAAGCCACACGAGACUGUAGCCGCGCCUCCAUCGAAUUGAUUCACGGACUCAUGGCGCAAGUCGCGAAAGAUAAACUCUUCAACUCAAUCGGAGCCAAGAAAUGAAUCUAAAUCCACACAGACACCCACACAUACAAACCUCAGAUAAACAUACAAACCUUUGAUAAAUGAACAUAAUGUUUAACAUUUAUUCUAAUUUAAUGCAAAGCGAAUAACAAUAAAAUUGAAAUACGAUUGAAUUACAUA